GAAUGUGCUGGGAAAAAUUGCCUACAACCGGAGUUUUUAACCAAAAACAACAACGGCACAACAAACGAAACAGUCUGGAAAAAAUUAAAUAAAAUUUAAUUAAAUUUUACAAUUAAUUUCAUAAAAUCGUGGAAAUGUGCGUCAGGGAAGCGGCAACGAUUUUCUUCGCGGAACCCGAACUGGUGGUCGGCCUUGGCCGCAGGGUGCUGUUCGUAAACCCCGACGACCUGCAGAUAUUCAAGGAGAUCGAGCUGCCGCCCGACCUUGGCCUGCGCGGCCAGGGCUCCCGGGAAUCCUGUCCAGCCACAUCCACUGGCCCUGGUCCGGGUGGCGAGGAGCAACAGCUUGUUGCUGCUGCUGCUGCUGCCGGCAAGCAGUCGGCGGAAAAGGCUUCCGGAUCUGGAGUGGGAUCGGGAAACGGAAACGUUGCGGUGCAGAACGUGGCCUACUCGCCAGAUGGACAGCUGCUGGCCGUGACCACCAGUGGGGGGCAGAAGGCGCUCCUGCUCUAUCGCACGCGGCCAGAGAACGCCCGCCUGCUCUCCGCCCGCCCUCUCGCCCGGGCGGCCAGUGCCCUGCGCUUCUGCAGCGACAGCAGCUCCGUCCUGGUCACGGACAAGACGGGCGAUUGCUACCAGUACGACUGCGUCGAGGUGGAGGCCGUUCCGCGCCUGCUGCUCGGCCACCUGAGCGUGGUGUACGACAUCCUUUGGUCGGAGGACCAGCAGCACAUCAUCACCUGCGACCGGGAUGACAAGAUACGCGUUACCAACUAUCCAGCCACCUUCGACAUUCACAGCUAUUGCUUGGGCCACCGCGAGUUCGUCUCGGGGCUUGCCCUGCUCACUGACCGGCACAUUGCCUCCGCCUCGGGGGACAAGACGUUGCGCGUGUGGAACUACAUCCAGGGCAAGGAGCUGCUGCAGCACGAGCUGCCCGCCCCGGCUGUUCGUCUGCUGGUGCGGCAGCUGGAGCCGGAGAAGGUAUACCAGGCGGCGGUGCUUUUUUACGAUCACGUGGACGCCCUGGGACUGUACCGCUUGGAGCGCAGCCCCGCCGACGACACCUGGAGCGUCACGGCCACGCAGCUGGUGCGUGCCGAGGCUGGCUCCUGGAAUAUUAGCAACUUUACUUUAACCGCCGACAGGAUCUACGUCACCGGCGCGGAGAACGAGCGAUUGAGCCUGCGGGUCUACGACAUCGCCACUGGCCAGCGGUCGACCAGCGGAGUGCCCGAGGGCUGGAUAAAGAUGGUGCUGGACGGGCUGGGCGCCACCGAGGAGGGCGGACCUCCCUUCAUUCCCGAGGACCUGUCCGUUUGGUUUAAGAAGCGCUUCGACAACGUCAGCGACUAUCUGGAGCGCAAGAAGCGGCGCAUCGAGGAACAGCAGCAGCAGAAGUGCGGCUAGUCCCGAAAAGGAAACUCCAAAGUAAAUCACAUUGAACCCUAAUGUUUACAUAGCAUUUAAUUAGCAUAUGGAGCAGAUGCAACGGACUAUGUGUGACAGGCCUGUUGUUGGCAUUAUAAUAUAUAUCUGUAUAUGUGUGUAAAA